UGAUUCGUGUUGUCUCUGUCAUUCGUCGUAGUAGCAUCUCUAUCUUCUUCGUUCUUCUUCUUCGUCUUUGCAUCGCUUCUUCCUUCGUUGUAUUUGUUCUCUUCUUCCGCUUCUGUCACAUCAAUAUCCUUCCAAUUCCCACUCUCCUUCUCCUUCUUCUCCGUUUCUCAAUUUCCCGAAUCAUAGCUAAACUUUUUGAGCCUUUUACCUUUCACCUUCGAUUCCUUUUCUUUCUCUACAGUGUGAUUAUAAUCAGAGAUUAGGGAACAUAACAAUGGCUCAAGCGGUUGAAGAAUGGUAUAAGCAGAUGCCCGUUAUUACACGCUCUUAUCUCACUGCUGCUGUUGUCACAACCAUCGGAUGCUCCCUUGAUAUAAUUUCCCCGUAUCAUUUGUACCUGAACCCAAGACUGGUGGUGAAGCAAUAUCAGUUUUGGCGUCUGGUUACUAAUUUCUUGUACUUCCGGAAAAUGGACUUGGAUUUCUUGUUUCAUAUGUUUUUUCUUGCCCGGUACUGCAAGCUUCUAGAGGAGAACUCAUUCCGGGGGAGGACUGCUGAUUUCUUUUACAUGCUCUUAUUUGGUGCAACUGUAUUGACUGGAAUUGUUCUUCUUGGGGGGAUGAUACCUUAUUUAUCAGAGUCAUUCGCCAAAAUUAUAUUCCUUAGCAACUCAUUGACAUUUAUGAUGGUUUACGUGUGGAGCAAACAGAAUCCCUUUAUUCAUAUGAGCUUCCUAGGCCUCUUUACUUUCACCGCUGCCUACCUUCCAUGGGUUCUUUUGGGGUUCUCUGUACUUGUUGGUGCUAGUGCUUGGGUGGAUCUACUGGGAAUGAUUGCUGGUCAUGCAUACUAUUUUCUUGAAGAUGUGUAUCCACGGAUGACGGGUCGCCGGCCACUAAAAACACCAUCAUUCAUCAAAGCACUAUUUGCAGAUGACACAGUUGUUGUGGCACGGCCUGCCAAUGUCAGAUUUGCUCCCCCACCACCUGAAGAACUUCACCAAGAUUGAAUAGCGAUACAACAACGAAGUGCUUGACCAACGAAGUGCUUCUUGACCUUGUAAUAUAUAGAUCUCCCUCGCUCUCUCUCAAACCUUUUCUGCGCGUGCAUUUGUUUAUUAUUAUGAUUCAAAAACGUAUGUCGAAUGUCCACAAUUUUAACUGAAAUGAGAUAACAGGUUUAAUAUUCCCUUCUUUAUAUUAUAAUAUGAUAAAAAGACUCCAUGGGAAGCUUCUAACGUUGUGAAAAUACUGUUGAGAC